CACCUCGUCAACAAGCCUUGGAAGGAUUGCCAUAUCUCUGUCAAAGCCAGCAGUAAGGAACGCCUAGAUCUAAGCAUGGCGCAAAUAGCAGAAUUGAAGAAGCGUCGACUUCAAGACUAUGGCUUUCAUCUCGAGUACAGGACAAGAUGGAGUGAUAAUGACAUGUACGACCACAUGAAUAAUAGUGUUUAUUACUUUCUCUUCGACAGCAUCGUCAAUACAUACCUCAUGACGCAUUGCAAGCUCGACCCACCCACAUCGCCUUUGAUCGGGCUUGUGGUACACUCGCAAUGCGAUUAUCUGGCCCCGGUUGGCUUUCCCGCUCUGGUUGAUCUCGGUCUACGAGUCAAGAAGCUAGGAAAGAGCAGCGUCACCUACGAGAUUGGUGUGUUCGAACGAAGCGUCGAGGAAGUGAAGGCUGUCGGCGAGUUUGUGCAUGUGUUCGUGGAUAGGAAAAGCAGGCGGCCGAGAGCGGAAGGCAUGACUGCGACCAUGAAGGAGCAGUUGGGAUCAUUAGUAGAUACCAAGGCGAAGCUAUAAUCGAGGUCUCCUUGGCUGUAAGGCGACAGAUGUCAGCAAUCAAAAGGCACGAACCAAUUCCUUUCGAAGCAAGGCCCAGUGAGAGCAGCGAGUUUCGAGCCGUUCACUGGACCUCUACCGCAACUGAAAAACACUCUGCCUCUUUACAGCACGUAAUGU